CAGACGUCUUCAGAAGUCUCUGUCGAAGGACAUUUCCACGUAACAGAUGCUGAGAUUCGUCCUUAUACCGUUGGGUUUACUUAGGCAUACAGCUCUUCUUUUCCACGGACUAAAGGGAACACAUUUACCGUUGGAGCAGCCGGUGAAAUGAAGACGGAAGGCGCUUGGUGCUUGUUUGUCAGUCCACUACAAAAGAAAGUUUAUUUGAUCCUUAGUUUACCAAUCUUUUUCACAGCCUCCACAUUUUUCGUGGACGUUUUCACGCUACACGUGAAGUCUUGUGGCGAGGAUGUAGAGAUCAAGUCUUUAAACCACACAAGUGUAUCGGACACUAACAUAUCCAGCAUUACAUUCACAACACGGUGGACGGACAGUCACAGCGACCCCGACAGCGGUCCCACAUGUCAAGAAGAAAACCAGUUUCCACAUGGGCAAGCAGCAUACAUGACUGGGUUACUUAUCGGUACUUUAUUCGGUGGUGCUCUCUCUGACAAGUAUGGAAAGAGAUUCCUCCUCAUAUGCUGCUCAGUGGUCCACGCAGUCACCACUCUGAUAGUGGCAUUUCUGCCAUAUGUGCCCGUGUACCUGACUGCCCGCUGCAUCAGUGGUGUAGCCUGUUGUGCCAUUCACAUCUGCACCUACAGCUUAGGGGUUGAAUGGAGCCUGCCAAAGUACCGGAUCUGGCCACCCACCCUAUUCUCUUUCAUCUUCAGUCUGGGAAUGAUGGGACUUGCCGGUGUGGCUUAUUUGACCAACGGCUGGAUGCAGUUUCAUCUGGCACUUGGCCUCCCACAGAUUCUUGUUCUACCUCUUUAUAUCUAUCUUCCAGAGUCUCCUAAAUGGCUGCUGCUAAAUAAAAGAAUGAAAACUCUAGAGGGAUAUCAAAACCGAAGUCCUGAGGACAAGCACUACCUGGAUCUACUUAUGGACUCAGUGGACAGUGGGAAUCCUAAAUCAGAGGUCUACACUGGAUCAGAGUCCAAUUUCACCAACUUUACCUCACCUACCAUACUGCUGCGCUUAUUUAUCAUGAGUUACAUUGGUUUUGCUUCUGCUCUUACGUAUUAUGGGAUCUGCUUCAGCGUGGGAAGUUUCGGAGUAAAUAUCUAUUUGGCACAGUUUUUCUCUGGACUAUCUGAGUCUCCCUCUUUGCUGCUUCCAUUACUUUUGAAGCGAUGGGGCCGCAGGCCUUUCAGCAUGGGCUCUCUGUUCCUCAGUGGCAUUUCCUGUAUACUCUCCCUCCUUGUCUCCAGGUUCUGUGACAUGCCUGCCCUUGUAAUGACGCUGGCAAUGAUGGGCAAGCUGUGUAUGCAGUCUACCACCUGUGUCUCUCUACUCUACGGAAUUGAGCUGUUCCCAACUGUAAUAAGGCAGAAGUGUGUCGGCCUGGUUAGCCUUUGUUACCGAGUGGCCUGUAUUAUAAAUGCGGUGGUGGUCCCUAAGGGUGGGAUUCCUCUGCCAGCUAUGAUCUGUUACAGCAGUGGGCCAAUCAUUGGUGCAGCUCUGUGCCUUCUCCUCCCAGAGACCAGUGGCAUCCCUUUACCAGACACAGUGCGGGACUGUGAGCGACAACCAAAUAUCAAGCUCUCAUGCUGUGCCCGAUGGCCCCUAAAGCAUAAACAAGAGCUGAAAGCUUCUUUUACCAACGGGACGGACAUAAAGAAUCAAAUCGAGUGCAAUCUCUUUUCAGUAUAGUCAGCAAGGGUGAAAUAUUAUCCAGUCAGAAUGUGAAUUUCUUUCAUAUUAUUUCUAUUAAUGUGAGAUUUUAUUUGUGAAAACUCUAGUAAACGUGAGGGUAUGUGCUUGAAAUAGUCAAAUGUAUUUUUAAUGGGUGCUUUACUGUAGAAUAGUUCCUUAAGAUAUGGUAGCCAAUGAAUUUUGCUGCUGAAGGAUGAUACUAGAACAUCUGAUGCAUGUACUGGAGUCAUUCAGCGCUGCAAGAUUUCCUUUUAGAUGAAUUCAUGAAACUCCUGGGGUCAGAAGUAGACAUUUUUUGUAUUUCUUUAUCAGCUAUUGAUAUAUAUAACCUAUAUUUUUUAAAGCUAUACUGUCAAAUUUAUAGUAUUGAUUUCCUAGUAUUUUUUUGCUAAACUAUUGAAUUCUCCAAAUUAAAAUUUUACCUUCACAAAAACACUUGGAGGCAAAGUCUUGCAAGUCUUACCGUGAAAUAGACAUCAGGUUAAAUCAUUGUUUUGAUAUGCUCGAAUGGAUGCCAUGCAACCAUUACGCUCCUGUAAAAUUGUGUUUGUCUGUGUGGAGAUAAUAUUUUAACCUGAUACCUCUAACGGUCACAGAAAUAUCAGACAUUAAAAAAAAAAGUGAAGCCACCUCUGAAUGCUGAGGGGAUAGAAUGUUUUAUUAGGGCUGUUUGGCUGCUUCUCUUUUGGGAUAGGGAGAAGACUCUAAUUAAACCAAAAUAUUUUUUCUGCUAUAUAAAGAAUGAUGAAAGAGUAAAGAGGGUAAAUAAAGGAACUAAAAUGUGUGACUAACAUGGGAGCUCCAGUUAUCCAAGAUAUAUUUCAUAAGACGAGAGAAGGCACAUCAGUUAGUGAAAUCAAAGACACCCUGCAUACUGUUGUAUAUGCAGAGGUGAACUGUGAUGACACUUUUCAUCUAAUGGGUGGAUUCAGCAUUUCUGGUGACUAAAUUGAUUAUUAAUAAAUAGUUGCAUUUUAUAUUGCAAUAAUUGUUAUAUCAUUGUCAUUAACUUUUAUAUGAUUUUCUG